UCCAGCUCACCUACGCCUCCCCCUCCAACUUCUUACGCUCCUUUGGCCGCGGCGCUCUUCUUAAGGCACACAUCGCCAACUACCUGCAUAUCCGUUCUGGCGGUAUCUUCUUGCGGCAGCGAUUACUAUUGUACUUUGCACGAUAAACAGAACGGACGGCAUCAUGGCGAUUGACAGAGGCGCUUCGCUGGCUGGCGUGCCAAUGAAGCACCUCUCUCUGAUUACGCUUACAUUCCAGAAUUCCGCGCUGAUUUUGAUAAUGCACUAUUCGCGAGUAAUGCCCUUAGUGAACGGUCACCGAUACCAUACCUCGACCUCCGUCUUCCUGAACGAAGUUAUCAAGCUCGGCAUUAGCCUGACGAUGGCGCUGUACGAUAUGUCGACGAACCUCCCGCCGAAUACCCCGGCCACAGUCCUUUUUGGGAAUCUUUUGUCGGCCGUGUUCACGAAUGAGAGUUGGAAAUUGGCGAUACCGGCGGCGCUUUAUACACUACAAAAUACGCUGCAGUACGUGGCUGUCAGCAAUCUGGAUGCGGCGACGUUCCAGGUCACAUAUCAGCUGAAGAUCCUUACAACCGCGAUUUUCAGCGUUCUGCUGCUGGGGAGAACGCUCUCUUCCCGGAGAUGGGCGUCACUGGUCCUUCUAAUCGUUGGCGUCUCCAUCGUGCAGUUGCCCCAGCGCGUCCCCGAGGUGACAAUGGAAGACUUGAAGGAUCCCAACUCGAGUUAUUGGCGACGCUCCUUGGGGCAGCUGGGUGGCCUUGGAAGACAGGCCGCGGGGCAUCUUACAAAGCGAUCUGCCACAUACGAAGGAAUUAACGAGGACGUGGCUUUGCAGCACCCCCAGAUGAACAGCUCAGUCGGAUUGGCAGCUGUGCUGGUUGCGUGCGCUCUAUCCGGGCUCGCCGGCGUCUCCUUCGAGAAGGUCCUCAAAGAGUCGACCUCGAAAACAGCAUCCCUCUGGGUCCGCAAUUGCCAGCUUUCCUUCUGGUCGCUCUUCCCGGCUCUCUUCCUCGGUGUGAUUUGGGUAGACGGCGAGAAUAUUGCGAGGACAGGCUUUUUCGCUGGCUACAACUGGGUCGUUUGGACGGCGAUUUCUUUCCAGGCUGCUGGCGGCGUUAUUGUUGCUUUGGUUAUCAACUAUGCCGACAACAUUGCCAAGAACUUUGCGACGUCUAUAUCGAUCAUUAUCAGCUGUCUGGCGAGCGUGUACUUCUUUGACUUUCAGAUCAGCACAUCGUACCUGGUUGGUACAUCCGUCGUCAUCUCCGCUACAUACCUUUACAGCAAGCCUGAGCGGCCGCGAGCCGGUCCGAUCAGAAUUGUAGAUUUCGAAAAGGCUACCAUUGACGGAAAUCCGGCGUACUUUGACUCUGAGCGCCCUCCACUAUCGCUCAAAACGCCUUUACGACCCGACGGCCAGACCUCGGUUGCCUGCUUGAGAGGCACAAGAUGCCUCACCCUUUGGAUCGCCACGUUGUAUGAGAGCAUGUAUAUACCCCAUGUCUUCUCACUUCUCGACCACCUCGACAGCCGUAGCGCGGGGCAGGACUCACAGCACUCGCUCCUUCAAGGGCAGUUCAAGCAGUUAGCCAGACCACUCCCUCGACGAGAUCGUUAUCGCGCUCCGCGCCACGAUGUUGCCUAUGAUAGGGUGGAGGACGAUGACCAGUACGGGCAAGAGUUUGCCUUGGACUCAUUCGACGAGUCCUUGCUUCAGGAGCCUUAUGAAGACCGUCAACGGCAAGCAACAAGAGGGCAGGCGCGACUCUCACUCGCGCCGCAACCGUCCAAGUUCUUUGCUCCGCAUGCUUCUUCGCAACCCCAUGCCUCUUUCCGUCCACAUACCAACGCGGUGUAUGAUGUCGGCGGCAGGUCUAACGGAGGAGCAGGCCAAUAUGCCUACAGCGCUACGCAACCGCAGCAGUCCAGCUCCGAUGCGCAGCUGGGCGCUUCGUCAAGUCCGACAUUCAUGGCUGGUCAGAGACGCGCUGAAGGUCGUUACACGAACUCAGCUCAGCAAACAGAGCGGCUUCAGCCCUAUGAAGAGCAACCAGCUAUACCCAACGACCUCCACCGGCAAGUUCCACGUUCGUGGCCUCAGGCUCCUACUUCCCGACCCGUGCCUAGCGCCUUUGAUAAGCCCCAUGCUCCAGUGGUUCAAGGCAUACCGCUGGUGCCAAUAUCCGCACUUCCCGAUCGACUUCGUACCAUCUUCCCCUUCCCGAUGUUCAACGCGGUUCAAUCCAAAUGCUUCGACAAUGUGUAUAAAUCCGAUAAUAACUUUGUGGUCGCGUCACCUACAGGCAGUGGGAAGACAGUGAUCCUGGAAUUGGCAAUCUGUCGAGCUGUUGCCACCGCUGCAACAGGGCAGUACAAGAUCGUUUAUCAAGCACCAACAAAAGCUCUUUGCUCCGAACGUCAACGGGAUUGGCAGAGGAAGUUCAGCCCAGUUGGAUUGAACUGCGUGGAGCUCACCGGCGAUUCUGAAGCCUCAGACCUUCGCAACGUGCAGAGCGCCAACAUUAUUAUCACCACCCCAGAGAAGUGGGACAGUAUCACUCGGAAAUGGAAGGAUCAUGAGAAGCUCAUGAGGCUCAUCAAACUAUUCCUGAUCGACGAGGUCCAUAUCCUGAAGGAAGACCGCGGCGCCAUACUGGAAGCGGUCGUAUCCCGCAUGAAGUCUAUCGGCACCGACGUUCGCUUUGUAGCCCUGUCUGCAACGAUCCCAAACUUCGACGACGUGGGAACAUGGUUGGGUAGAAGCUCCGCGGACCCGUGUGCGCCCGCUAUCAACGAGAAGUUUGGCGAAGAGUUCAGACCGGUCAGAUUACAAAAGCAUGUUUGCGGCUACCCAAGCACCAGCAACAAUGACUUUGCUUUUGAGAAGCACCUCGACGGCCAACUCCCGGAAGUCAUCAAGCGCUAUUCACAACGUAAACCGAUCAUGGUCUUCUGCUUCACUAGGAAUUCUGCAGUGAGCACAGCAAAGUUGCUUGCGAACUGGUGGGCCACGAGGAAUCCUACGGACCGUAUGUGGAACGCGCCGCCAAAGCCCCUUCCCUUCCAGAACCGUGAGCUUCGCGACUGCGCUGCUUCUGGGGUAGCGUUUCAUCAUGCCGGACUCGAGAUCAACGACCGGACGGGUGUUGAAAAGGCGUUCCUGGAUGGCGAGAUCAGCAUCAUCUGUUGCACUUCCACCCUCGCCGUCGGGGUCAAUCUGCCCUGCCACCUCGUCAUCAUUAAAAACACUGUGGCCUUCACUCAAAACGGUGUUCAAGAGUACGCCGAUCUUGAGAUCAUGCAAAUGCUUGGUAGAGCCGGACGACCCCAGUUCGAUGAUAGCGCGGUCGCGGUCAUAAUGACUCGUCAGCACAAGGUUCGAAAGUAUGAAAUGAUGGUGAGCGGCCAAGAGAUCUUAGAGAGCACCCUCCAUUCUAACCUCAUCGAUCACCUAAACGCCGAGAUCGGUCUUGGGACGAUACGCGACCUCCCGUCGGCGAGGAAAUGGCUCGCAGGUACUUUCCUAUAUGUUCGACUCAAGCGGAAUCCUCUGUACUACAAGCUGGAGGACACUAGAAGUGGGCAAGGCAUCGAUGAGCAACUUGACGAGAUCUGCUUCCGAGACACCACACUUCUGCGCGACAGCAACCUAGUUGCGGGCCAAGAGUACUUCAGGUGUACAGAGUUCGGCCAUGCCAUGGCACGCUACUACGUUCACUUUGACACCAUGCGUAUCUUCAUGGGGCUUCAGUCAAAGUCUUCCAUUUCUGAGAUUCUCUCCGCAAUCGCUCAAGCUUCCGAAUUCGAAGACAUCCGCUUUCGAUCAGGCGAGAAGAACUUGUACAGAGCCAUCAACAAAUGCCCGUAUAUUCGGUUUCCAAUUCAGGUGAACCUUGAUCUGCCGGCACACAAGGUAUCACUACUCAUUCAGUCUGUCCUUGGAGCGGCCGACGUUGCCUGGGAUGGCGAGUUUUCAAAGCACAAAGCGCAAUACAAUACGGAGGCGAUGACGAUAUUCAAGUACAUCAGCCGCCUGAUACGCUGCAUCAUUGACUGUCAGAUCUGUAUUGGCGAUUCCGCGAGCAUCAUCAAUGCCCUGAUACUGGAACGGAGCUUUGCUGCACGAGUGUGGGAUGACAGCCCAUUGCAAAUGAAACAAAUUGACGGGCUAGGAGUUGUAGCGGUCCGGAAACUGGCUAGUGCCGGCAUCAGGACCAUCGAAGAACUCGAGUGCACAGAUGCUCAUCGCAUAGAUGUCGUUCUGGGGAAGAAUCCUCCAUUUGGCUUGGGGGUCCUCGAGAAGCUGAAGCGAUUUCCUAAACUACGCGUUUCGCUACAUGUACACCCAUCAUCGAUUACGACAACUCCGGAUGGCGUGAAGGUGCAGGUGGAGGCUGACAUUGGCUUCAUCAACGAGAAGCCCCCCGAGGCCUUUGGUUCUAAGGCCGUCUACGCGUCUACUGGCCGUUCCAUGACGUCUAUUAACGGGACCAGCUCAAAGAAGCUUGGCAAAGGCCAGAGUCUGACGUUCCCUGCCCUGUUAACCACACCUGAUCUGAGCAUCAACUGCUAUAUCAUGUGCGACGGGAUUGCCGGGACCACGAGAAGCGCAACUGUUAAGCCAAAGGUUGCUUCAUCAAUGUUUCCUGCCACAAAGCCUCCUGAACCAUUCACUCCGCGUGCGCUCGAGCGACCCACUUCUAAUAUGUCCAGACGUCGCAGCGAAAACACCGUGGCCGCACGAAGCACCGCCGCUGGGGAUGAAGAGUUUAGCAAUGACGGCAUCGAUGACGAGGAGCUGGUCAAAGCCUCAUUCCACGACCUUGACUUCGAUCAUAUCGAUAACUACGCCAAUCCCACUGACAGCAUCACGCGCAAGAACACGGCGAAGAAUGCUUCAAAAAGUAAAGGUCGCGCUAAGCCGGUCGAAACUGUGCUCGAAGAGGAGAACUCCGAACCCAAGCAACGUGACAAUGGCAAAUGGGCUUGUAAUCACAAGUGUAAGAACAAGACAGCUUGCAAGCAUAUGUGUUGCCGAGAUGGGCUCGACAAACCGCCCAAGAAGACCGGACUAAAGCGUAUAGCAUCGAACGAAAGUGGUUCCCAGUCCAAGCCGAAAGAACUAGGCGCAAAAGACGCGAAACCACAAACCAAAUUGCGGCUGUCAUCUUCCAAACGGAAGAGUUCGGCAGCGAUUGAAGAGCUCGAUCUAACGCAACAAGAGAAAAAGAGGAGGGCCGGGUAUGCUCUCCACGGUCCUAAGGACUACCGCGACCUACACAAGCUCCAUAAGAGUAUCCAAAACCGGGAUCCACCAUCAUCGAUAUCCUCUAUCAUGCGCCAGAAGCCAGCGUAUUGUUACGGAAAGGGUGGCGAACAUAGUCUUUCCUUUCUGAAGGACGACCCUGCUGCCGAGCGGCCGGGUUCGAUCUCCAGCGACUACGGCGAUAUCCAAGUUGAUGAGCUGUCUGCUGAGCUUGAGCAUUCCAAGCCCAGCAUCAUACGCUCGACCGUAAAUAAGACACAAGAUGCGAUGGAGCUCGACGAUGUCAUGGGUUCUCCGAUCGAGAACACGGCUCCGGACCGUCAGUCGGAUACGUUUAGUGACGGUGACUCAAUCUUCGCAGACGCUCUUAUUGGCUUAGCAGAUUCAGAGUAUCUUCGUACUGCGGAUCAACCCAAUGAAGAGGAUCUCCAGGCUUUAGAAGAAUCCCUUAACACGGACUGCGACGUUGAUCUCCACGACGAAGAUUUCCCAGCUAAUAUUGGGGGAGCCGCGACCAAGACCAAGGAGCAAUCUAUCGCGCCCGAGGACAUCUCGACCUCUUCUGGCGAAGUGCCGCGAAUGCCCCCGGCAAAACCCCGCUCCCUUUUCCUGAAUGAUACGAGUAGCCCCCAUCCAGCCUAUGAUGGGUUCAAACCAGCCAAGUCGAUGCUAAAACGCCCGCCGCCGAAGGACUUGAAGCAGGCAAAGAACCAGCGCCCACGAGUGGAACAGAAUUCGAAUGGAGAGUGGGAAGAUGGUGAUGCGCAGGAGCCUUCCAGCAUGACAAAUCCGGAGCCCCGAACAUCGGUGAAUAUCGAGCCUCGGGGCGUGCCAAUCUCCGAGGCUUUCAAAGAUCUUGAGCCGUGGCUGUUCAAGGAGUUCGGAGACAUUGUGGAGCUGGUGGAUUAAGGAGAGAGUUCCUUUCAAGUGAGCGUCGCACUCUCUCCGCUAUGGGAUGGUAGCAACGUGCUUCUCUAGAGGUAGAGAGCUACGAAAUUGUCUGGGACGUUUUUUUGACACGCAAUGUUAUCAUAUGCCGCGCGAUGAGAUGGAUCGUCUGGUUACGGCGAGAUGUAGGGAGGUUCACUUCUAUGUUGGGAUGAUAGGGUCGGGUUAGGAUCGAGGGUCCUAUCUAGGCAGAUAGGUAAUAUGUUUUUAAAUAG